CUCUCUGUUGCGGGAGGGGGUCUAUGGUGAUAGGACGGGGGCGGUGGGGGAAGGAGCGAGGGGCUGAGGAGGGGGCUCGCCGCCGCGCCCGCCGCCGCUGAGGAGGAGGAGGAAGAGGCGAGGCACCAUUUGCUGCUCCCUGCCCCAACCAUGGAGAACGCGCACACAAAGACUGUGGAGGAAGUUUUGGCUUAUUUCGGCGUCAACGAAAGCACCGGGCUCAGCCUGGAGCAAGUCAAGAAGCUGAAGGAGAAAUGGGGUUCCAACGAGUUACCGGCUGAGGAAGGAAAAACAUUACUCGAGCUUGUGAUUGAGCAAUUUGAAGACUUACUAGUUAGAAUUUUGUUGCUGGCAGCUUGCAUAUCUUUUGUCCUGGCCUGGUUUGAAGAAGGUGAAGAAACAAUCACAGCAUUUGUAGAGCCUUUUGUAAUCUUACUUAUAUUAGUAGCCAAUGCAAUUGUGGGAGUGUGGCAGGAAAGAAAUGCUGAAAAUGCUAUUGAAGCUCUUAAAGAGUAUGAACCAGAAAUGGGCAAAGUAUAUCGACAAGACCGAAAAAGUGUACAGAGGAUUAAAGCAAGAGACAUUGUCCCAGGUGACAUUGUAGAAGUGGCAGUUGGAGACAAGGUUCCUGCUGAUAUAAGAAUUACUUCUAUCAAAUCUACAACUCUAAGGGUAGACCAGUCAAUUCUCACAGGUGAAUCUGUGUCUGUUAUUAAGCACACUGACCCUGUGCCUGAUCCUCGUGCUGUAAACCAAGACAAGAAGAACAUGCUUUUUUCUGGUACUAAUAUUGCUGCUGGUAAAGCUAUGGGAGUGGUUAUUGCAACAGGAGUAAACACCGAAAUUGGCAAAAUUCGUGAUGAGAUGGUGGCUACCGAACAAGAGAGAACCCCGCUCCAACAGAAGCUGGAUGAGUUUGGAGAGCAGCUGUCUAAAGUCAUCUCGCUUAUCUGCAUCGCUGUUUGGAUAAUAAACAUUGGUCAUUUCAAUGAUCCAGUUCAUGGUGGCUCCUGGAUUCGAGGUGCUAUCUAUUACUUCAAAAUUGCUGUUGCUCUUGCUGUUGCUGCUAUUCCUGAGGGUCUGCCUGCUGUCAUUACCACCUGCUUGGCUCUUGGAACCCGGAGAAUGGCCAAGAAGAACGCUAUUGUUAGAAGUCUUCCCUCUGUGGAAACCUUGGGUUGCACCUCAGUUAUUUGUUCUGACAAGACUGGUACGCUGACCACGAAUCAGAUGUCAGUCUGCAGGAUGUUUGUCCUGGACAGAGUAGAAGGAGAUAGCUGUUCUCUGAAUGAAUUUACUGUAACUGGUUCAACCUAUGCUCCCAUGGGAGAAGUGCAUAAAGAUGACAAACUUAUUAAAUGUAGCCAGUAUGAUGGCCUUGUGGAACUUGCAACGAUCUGCGCGCUCUGUAAUGAUUCCUCUUUGGAUUACAAUGAAGCUAAGGGAGUAUAUGAAAAAGUUGGUGAAGCCACAGAAACGGCACUUACCUGUCUGGUUGAAAAGAUGAAUGUAUUUGACACAGACUUGAAAGGACUUUCUAGAAUUGAACGUGCAAAUGCUUGCAACUCGGUGAUAAAACAACUCAUGAAGAAAGAAUUCACUCUGGAAUUCUCAAGAGACAGGAAGUCUAUGUCUGUCUAUUGUACACCAAACAAACCAAGCCGCACAUCCAUGAGUAAGAUGUUUGUUAAGGGUGCUCCUGAAGGUGUAAUUGACAGAUGUACACAUGUCCGUGUUGGAAAUGCUAAAAUACCAUUAACCUCAGGAAUUAAACAGAAAAUAAUGUCUGUCAUUAGAGAAUGGGGAACUGGUAGAGAUACAUUACGCUGCUUGGCUUUGGCAACCCACGACAAUCCACCCAGAAAAGAGGAAAUGAAUCUUGAGGACUCCUCAAAUUUCAUUAACUAUGAGACCAACUUGACCUUUGUUGGCUGUGUGGGUAUGCUGGAUCCCCCAAGAAUUGAAGUAGCGUCAUCUAUAAAGCUGUGCAAACAAGCUGGUAUUAGAGUUAUUAUGAUUACUGGUGAUAAUAAAGGUACAGCAGUAGCUAUUUGCCGUCGCAUCGGUAUCUUUGUGGAAGAUGAAGAUGUUUCUACAAAAGCCUUUACUGGUCGUGAAUUUGAUGAACUCUCGCUUGCUGCCCAAAGAGAUGCUUGCCACCAUGCCCGUUGCUUUGCUCGUGUAGAGCCUUCCCACAAAUCUAAAAUUGUUGAGUUUCUGCAGUCUUUUGAUGAGAUUACAGCUAUGACUGGUGAUGGUGUCAAUGAUGCCCCUGCAUUGAAGAAAGCAGAAAUUGGAAUUGCUAUGGGUUCUGGUACUGCAGUGGCUAAAACUGCUUCUGAAAUGGUUUUAGCAGAUGACAAUUUCUCAACUAUUGUAGCUGCUGUGGAAGAAGGACGUGCAAUUUAUAACAACAUGAAACAGUUCAUCCGUUACUUGAUCUCCUCCAAUGUUGGAGAAGUUGUUUGUAUCUUCUUGACUGCUGCCCUGGGUUUUCCUGAAGCUCUAAUUCCUGUCCAGCUGUUAUGGGUAAACCUUGUGACGGAUGGUCUCCCUGCUACUGCUCUGGGAUUUAAUCCUCCUGAUCUUGAUAUCAUGAAUAAGCCACCACGCAACCCUAAAGAGCCACUGAUCAGUGGAUGGCUCUUCUUCCGUUACCUAGCUAUUGGAUGUUAUGUUGGCGCUGCCACAGUGGGUGCUGCUGCAUGGUGGUUUAUUGCUGCUGAUGGUGGUCCAAGAGUUACCUUUUAUCAGCUGAGCCAUUUUCUGCAGUGCAAAGAGGACAAUCCAGAUUUCUCUGGUGUUGACUGUGUGGUUUUUGAGUCUCCAUAUCCAAUGACAAUGGCUCUUUCUGUACUUGUCACCAUAGAGAUGUGCAAUGCUCUCAACAGUCUAUCAGAAAAUCAGUCCUUGAUGAGGAUGCCCCCAUGGGAAAAUAUCUGGCUGGUGGGCGCUAUUUGCUUGUCCAUGUCACUCCACUUCCUUAUCCUUUAUGUGGAACCGCUGCCAAUUAUCUUCCAGAUCACACCUUUGAAUGUGACGCAAUGGCUGAUGGUAUUGAAAAUCUCACUACCUGUCAUUCUGCUGGAUGAAACACUUAAAUAUGUGGCCCGUAACUACCUGGAACCUGGUAAAGAUAGUGUGCGGCCUGCCACCAAACCAUGUUCUUUGUCAGCAUGCACCGAAGGAGUUUCCUGGCCGUUUGUGUUCAUUACUAUGCCCUUGGUUAUCUGGCUUUACAGCACAGACACUAACUUUAGUGAUAUGUUCUGGUCUUGACUGACAUGGUGACAAGUUUUACAUUAAAAGAAAAAGUUUAACUUAAUUUUUUUAUUGUUUAGAGCAACUGUCUAUUUCUGCUGAAUUUUCACAUGAACAUAUUUGCCGGUGAUGGAGGUUUCAUAAUCUAGAUUUUGGUUUUUUGCUUUUUCUGACUUCAGUGGGGGCAAUAUAUUCCUCUUUUAUACACAGUUAAAGUGUCCAUUGACAUGUACAGAGAACUAACACUAUUUUAUGCAAAUAUUUUUUUGUAGAUGAAAAGCAUGUACAGUGUUCUGUUCAAUAGUCUAUUCAUCAUGUAAAAAAAGUAAAUUUUUUUUUUGAGCCAGCGGACACUAUCAAACUAAAUUGGCAGCAGAUUUUAGGGAAUGAAUGUGUGUCGUCUAAAACUAAAAAAGCAUGUAACUGUUUGUCUUCUGCAUGAUCAUCCAAACUUAAUAUGUCAUAAAGUCAGGUUUUAUUCAUAAGCAGAACUUUCUGCACUGGGUAGAGAGUACUGCUACCUCAGUCAGGAUUUCUUCUUGGGUUCCCCUCUUCCUGUUCCUCACUCUCGGUUCUUGACUGUCCUUGUUUACACCUGUUUCUGUAUGAGGUAUGCCUAACCUUGCUCGUGCAGAAAAUAUCAUUCCAGGUGCAGCCUGCUGGGGUUCUUCCAUACUUUCAACACACAUAGGGUUGUUUUUUUUUAAGAUUAUUUAUUUAAGUGUCUAUUGUAUUUUAUUGUAACAGACCUUAUUUUGCCAGUGUUGCCCAUUAUGCAGGGAUAGGGAGGGCUACUUCUAUCUACUUAAAUCUAAACCAAGCCUUUUUAACAAACACAAUCUGUUUUAAUUCCAAAAGAGGGUUUAAGUUGGGUUUUAAUACCUUAUUUACGUGUGUCAGAUCCUUUCUUUUUCUCUUCCCCACCCCCCCACUUUAAGAUCAAACCUUGUAAUGAGACCUGGAAAAAUAACUUGCACUGCAUAGUUAGAAAUUGGAUUUCCUACACUUAGGGCACUAAUAAUCAGAGUUGUGUACAUGGAGUUACUCUGCUGGCCUGUUGUUAGCCUGACUUGAAGUAACAAGCUCGUGUGUGUUUUUUGUAAAAUCUGUAAAUAGCACAUGACCAAAUUGAACAUAUUGUAUAGAACUAUUUUUAUUUUAAUGUGGCACUAACCACCUUCAUUAUUACAGUAAAUGUUAAAGCAUGUUUUCAAAUUCAGUCCUGUAUCAACAAUGUGUAAGUCAUUAACAGUCCUAACUGUGGUGUUUUUCUCCAAUGCCUUCCAACUUUCAUCGACUAAAGUGAGUAUUUUUCUUCCAUUUCACCAUGCCAGUGGUGACUUGCUGUAAAAUAGCAUAUGCUGUAUACAUGUUGAAGAAUAAAUAGUAAUUUCCUUCAUUCCCAUGCUGUGUUUUGUCAAACUCUGCUGUGCUACAUUAUUAUCACCACUUUAGACUCUUUGUUUUGUGGUCUGAAGCUCAAAUUGCUGAUUCCAAAGGCAAAGCACUUGCUUUUGGUUUAGUGUAUUUUAGGUCUUGUUUUAUAGCACCCAGGAGCCUUAGUGCCCCAAGAUCUUAAAGCUUUUGGUCUUAAGUUUGAGAUAAAAUUGGACAAAUCUGUAACUGAAGACAGCAACAGCUGUUCACAUGAAUGUUUAGUGUCCAAAACACUCUGGUACUUGUGGUCAGGUGCUGGUUUACUCCAAAGCUUUUUCCUGCCCUGAAACGGGGGAUGCCCCUCGGAGCUGACCACCCUUCCCCUGGUCUCUGGUAUCUGCAGUGCUCAAAGUGCUGGCACUCCUCUUUGCAACAACAGCUUAUUGUUUCCAGUAAGUGGAAACACUUUGUACAAUGGUCAUAUGAAAAGACAAAAGAACAGUCUCAGCUUAACAGAUAGUCUUUGAAAAUUGUACUGGGGUCAUUAUGUCUUUGUAGAGUAGCAGGUGCUGUGUUAUCUUGUGCUGGCUCAGUCUGCUUUAGUAACCAAGUUCAAACAGCUUUCUGAUUCCUCAUAGAGGAGAAUGAUAGUUAAAAGCUAUGUUGUGUUGGUGCCAGCUGGAAUCCAGUGAGCACAGAUAAUUCUCUAGAUUUCAAGCUUUCUAAUACAGAUGCUAACCUCAAAAUACACAGACCCUAUCUGAAACUCCACUGCAUUGUGAAUACCCACUGUUUAUAUAGACUUUGACUUAAGUUGAUGCUGAAGUGACUCAGGUAGGGGAGCUGGACCUGAUGAUGUACAUGUGUUUGCUGAACUGUAAGCAUUUAAAUACUGUUGAAUGCCCUCUUUAGUGUGGAAGAACUUGUCUUUGCCAGACUAAGGUUUUGCAUACCACAAAAUCAAUGGCCAGCACUGGCCACUUAGUGUAUCAAUAAUAAAUGAGGAAUCUGAGACUUGUCCCUCUUUCUUGAAACAGGAAACUAAUAGGUCAUGUGAGUCAGGAUUCCUUGAGAUCAAAAUAUGUACAAAUUGGAAACAAAUGCUAGCAAGUUAGUUGUAUGUGGUCCCGACAUAAUGGACAAACUUUUUCCAGGGCAGGAAUGCCACUGAAUCUUUGAACGCUGGUUCUGAGUGAACUUCCAGAGCACCAUGUUGGUGGGCUUUUUAAAGCCAUAUAUCUGACUGUCACCAUGAACAAUUCUGCUUCUUGUACAGUCCUAUUCCUGUCUAUUAUGCCAAAUAAUCCUGCUAUACACCCCCUUUUUCCCUGUCUCUAAGAAGCUGAAGGGGAAAAUGACAAUAAGUAGAAUUCAGUCUUCAACAACUACUUUGUUGGAUCUCUGUCUGUGUUGAAGAUAAAUCUUACUGCUUGUGUCAUGGAUUUCCUUACUGACAUCUGGGAGCUCACUUGUAUCGCAUGUCUUGGGGGCACUUGCAUUAGGGCCUUGUGUUCUUGGAGUUUGCCUUUGAAAGCUGGAUGACUGGUGGCUAAAUGGAGUGGCAUUCAUCCCUACAGGCUCCUGAGGUUAUGGGAACAGUCAAGUUUUAGAAGGUGUUCCUAAAGAGCCCAGGCAUCUUAAUCUACCCUGUUUUUCUUCUAUUUGUCCCAGUCUUGCUGUCUAAAUUUUCCUGUAGAAAUGGAGCAAUAGGGUUCCCUAAGAUGAGCACUUACUUAUCUCAGGUUCAAUGGCAGCUGUUGCUAUGCUUUCAAGUACUCUUCUUUUUUCCAAGUCCUGCCACUCCCUAGUAAAUACCAGCCUUGUGGGGUCUGGACUGGCCAAAUGUUAAGACCUACCAUGAGCUUCCUCCUAGGCAGUGAAGCAUCCUGCCCUGAAAUCGCUGUCUGUUGCAAGCUUCCUUGUGAUCUUGGAGCUGGAGUGCUGUGGAUCUGGUCUUAACCUUUCUCAGUUGAGUAGGCUGUGGAUAGUUGCUUGAGUGCAUUUCUGAUAUUAGAAUAGCAUAAGGCAACUGAUGGCUUGGCUUUUCAAUUAUAGAAACUAUGGAAAUAACAGUGCAAAGUUAGUAAUGCACUGCAAGAAAACGUGAACUAAAAUUAUUAUACUUAAUUGUGUAGAUCCUGCCAUUCUUUAGCUGUCAGUCCUCUCAUCUAGGGAGGCCAAGAAGAGAGGACUUUUCGAUUUAGAAUAGACUUACUUGCCAAGAUGUCCAAGUUGAAACUCUCGCUUAAUUUCUUUGUUCCUGACAUAGUUCCUCCCCAACCUCCUCACUGUACCAGGGUCAUCUGAGGAUAGAACUAGGUAACUCCUAUUUUAAUGUGUUAGCCCUGUGAAUAUGUAAAUGGAAGCACUUAUUUAAGCAGAAAUAAUGUAGAGUUACCCAGGCUUUAUCUCCCACACCAUUUUUAGAAAAUAACUUUAUACUUUUUGUUUCCCUUUGCUCUCAUCUCACUGAGCUUUUUCAUCUCCACCGUUUUCUGGAUUUUUUUAGUGUCCUCACAUAUCAACUUAUUUUCUAGUGCGAGAGGUAUGUAAGACUAGUAUCAAUCAUGUGAUUGAUGCUACCUUAUGCUCGGAACAGCAGGGAUGAUAUCAGCUUAUGCUGGGAAACCAGUGGGGUUUGGUAUGAGAGCAGCUCCUCCUGAAUUCAGUGUUCCGUAGCCUGGUCCAAAUCAGAGCAAAGAAAAUGGUCAGGCAGCUGCAGUCAUAGGUCAAAUAUUUAGACAGGGGCUUUUAUCUUCAUAGUGCCUCAGGCCUCUGCUUUCAAAUCAGAGUGAUUCAAAGUACUGUUGAGAGCUACACAACGAGCUGCUCCUUUGUGCUGGCAUCCAAGCAAUAAAAAUAGUUCAUACUUGGUUUCCCAAACUAUUAUUGCAAAUAAAUAAGUCUGAAAGAAGCUGCAGAAAAAUAUAUGCCAGUCUGUCAAAAUGCUAUGAGGCUUAUGUUUGUAGGGAGGCUAUUUUAGAGAAGGCUAAUCGUAAGAAAAUGAGGUUUUAAUCUGAUGAUAAAAUGCAGUACAGCAGUCCUCUGUCACUGUUCCAAGAACACAGCUGAUGCACAGAAUAUAUGUGGUAAACAGCUUAAAGAUGGUUGAAUUUGCUGAGAUGAAGGGAGGUAAAACUGAUACAAAGUUGUCUGUCUCUUGCACCUGUCUUGUUUACUUUUUUGCACUUCUAACCAUUAACUGUUUCCCUAAUCUCUGCUAAUUACAUCCUUAAUUACAUUAAUAUGCAUUUUCAAAUCUUAGCAGGAGAGCCUAAAUUUUAUAGUGUUGAAGCAGUGUUUUGAAGAGCCACCAUCAAGUUCUAGGGAAUGAGAGUACACUGUUCUUCUCUCCUAGACGCAAGGCUAACCUUUUGCUGUAUUUUAGGGGUAAAGUACAGUAGGAGCUUUAUUACGUUGUACUCUACCCUUUGCCUAUGCAUUAAUCUGUGUAGUUUAAUGACUUCUUCAAAGCUUUCCUACUACUUCCCAGAAUAAGCUGCAUAACUUGGAAAAGGGACAUUGUUAGGUCACUUUGGGGCCAAACUUGUAAUAUAAUGCCUUGAUUAGAAAAACACCCCUACAGUUCUUAAAAACUUGAGCUCAAACUGUGUAGUAUGGAACUUGAAAGUAAAAAUUACAAAUAAGUGAGACUUGUCUAUUGCCACUAGUGAGGCAGAGAAAGGCAAAAGCUCUCUAAAUAUGUCUGAAUUUUUUGCUGCAGUCUUCUGUAGGAAGUACUGGCUUUGCUGAUGAUAGAGAGCUCUGCUGCAUUCAGAAGAGCUGAGCCAUAAUCCAGAGGUUUCUGGGCUUUAAGAACAGAGUAACCUGAGAGUGUCCCUUCAAUGACAGAGCAGCCAGUUACCAAACUUAACAUUCUUUCUUCUGUCACUGUUGAUCUUAGUCUUGCUUGUAUAAUGAUACUUAGCGUUCAUCCUUUCAUUAACUGAUGCCUUUUCUUUCUUUCCUUUUCAGCAAUACUGGAGUAAUCGCUUCCUAAACAAUUUUGCAGAAAUGUAAGGUUGUUUUGUUGCGUGCAUGUGUUUUUAGCAACACAUCUACCAAAACUUCUGCAUGUAUCAUGUGUAAAGAUUCUUUGCUUUCCCUAAAACAAAACUCAUUGUGUUCUCUGUGGAAGAAAUGUGUGGUACCAUUAGGACUUCAUUAUACAGAUGUACAAACGUGCAAUAUAGCUUACUGAAUUGGAAACUCUCUCCAGAGAAGUUUGGUUUCUGUGCUGCAUGGAGAAGAGUUUGUUUAUCCUUGAACAAGAAUUGCGGAGCUGUCAGCCAAUUUUCCAUAUUUCUGUAUGUAAAAUGUCAAGUUUAUACAAUGUACAAUAUCAAAAUAAUGCAUGCCUUUGGUUGUAGACAAAUCUUUCUCUGUAUUGUAUCAUCCAAACAUACUACUCUAGAACAGCUUAUGUACAAUGCUAUCCUAUUUAUAAAAUUAAUUGAAAAGAUUACAGAUGAAUGUUAAACCAUAAGCCUCCAGUUCCUAACUUUGGAUUUUUUUAUCAUGUGUGCAAAUCAACCUCUUUUGCACUGUAAUGUAACUUAUUUAAAUCUAAGGCAGUAAGACAGAUGUUGGUGCAAUACAAAAUAUUGUGAUGCAUUUAUCUAAAAAGCAGCAACCGACUUAGCCAGUUACCACAACUGCAUGUAUGACCUUUAGAAGUUGUAAAUAAGAUCAAUUGUCUAUUUACAUGCUGUCAGUAAGAAGCAUCACACCUAGUUUCAUUUGUAUCAGGUAAAUAAAUUUAUUCUACAAUACAUACUUUGCGUGUUAUUUUAUGCACUUUGUUUUCUGCAGGUACGUGCGUACAUACUUCAGCGUUCUCUUAUAGUAAUGCCAGGAUGACACUUAAUAGCACCAACACCAUUGCAAUCUUUCCUCCUAGAACUAUGCAGAUGCCAGCUGCUCUUCCGGCAGUAUUGACCUCCUCGCUGGUGUGAUUUCUUCUGUCCAGGGGCUUGUGUGUGUGUGUGUGUGUGUGUGUAAGGGACACUGUCAAGUACUUUGAUCACUCAGUUUUUUUAAAAUGCUCCAUUGUUUGUAAAAUCCCUCUGAGAAACUUAAAAUAAACAUUUCUUUCCCAACUA